AUGAUUUAAAGCUUUUAAAAAUUUUAUUAACUUUUAAGUGAGGAACAAAAUUCAAGUAAUUUGAAGAACUCGAUAGAUUGCUUUUCUUAUCAAAAGUCUUUGUCCUUUAAGAUUGGCUAUCAAAAGAAAAUAGGAGUGCACGGGUCUAAAAUAAUAUCAGAUGGUUUGCAGCUUUUUACUAGUUUAGAAGAUUUAAGUAUAGAUUUAAAGAGUGGAAAUCAAAUUUAUUCAGAAGGCAUGGAAUUUAUAGCUAAAAGUUUUCUUUAUUUAUAAAAGCUUAAAAGACUUCAUAUAUCAAUAGAAUUUAACUUUAUAAGAGAAGAAGGAGCAAUCGAAUUAGGAAAGGGAUUAGCUCAUUUAAGUAAUUUAGUAGAUUUAUCAGUGAUAAUUAGAAGCUUUAACAAUAUUAAGUCAAGUGGAGCAAUAGGUUUGGGAUUUGGAUUAAAAAAUUUACUCAAUUUAACAAAAUUGUAAGUAAUUAUUGAAUAUAAUGAAAUUGGAUAAGAAGGUUCUAAAUCCUUGUUAGAAAGUAUUAGCAAACUUUACAAUUUAAUUUAACUUCAUAUUUAGAUAGGAAAUGAUAAUUACAUAUUUAUACAAGGAGCUUUAGCUUUAGGAAAUUGUUUUUUAAGCUUAAAAAAGCUUGAAAUUUUAGAGUGCAUAAUAUGUGAUAAUAAUAUAUAAUCCAAAGGAGCUUAAGGCAUAGCAAAAGGUAUAAAAGAGAAUGGAAUUUUGAAAAAAUUAAAACUUGUUCUAGAAUCCAACAAUAUUCUUAACUAAGGAUUUUAAUCAAUAUGUGAAGGAAUAAAGUAUAACAAGUAGCUAACUUAGCUUUAAAUUAAGAUAGGAUAUUCUAAUUAAAUUAAUUUUAGCUAAAUAACUUAUCUAGGAUAGUGCUUAGAAGGUCUAUUAUUUAUUAAAAUUUUGGAUAUUGAUCUUAUUUUUGAUGAUGAAGAAGAAGAGAAUAUCAACUAAGAUAAUGGAAGAAUUUAAGCAUUAAAUUAAUUUAUUGAUCUCAUCAAAAAUAUAAAAUAAUUGUAUUUUUUCAAAUUCAAUCUUUAAUUCAAAAAAUAAAUAGCACCUAGAAUUAUGAGAAAGUUGUAAAGGGUAGUUAUAUUUAAAUGA